AUGGUGUCUAACAAUUUAACGUUGCAGUGUGUUGUGCAGACUUAUCUGUCUUGGCUAACUGACAGUGAUUAUGAUACCAAAUGUCUUCUGUGUUCAGAAGCGUUAUCAGCUAAAGAAACAGUUCGACUGAAGUGUCUACGUAAGUUCUUGUAAAAUAUUCAAUUUUCUUUGUUUAGAUAACUUUCACUGGACAUGUUUGAGUACGAGAGUAGGUAAUCUGCCUGAGGGAACACCUCCAACUACUUUUAAAUGUCCGAGCUGUUUGGAUAUGAUCUUUCCUUCAGCUAAUCAGACGUCUCCAGUGAUUGAACGGUUGAGGGAGAAGCUGAGCACUGUGAAUUGGGGACGAUUGGGUUUGGGAAUGGAGCCAGUAGGUUAUUUUAAGUUUAAGUUAGGUUUUUAUUGUUUAAACAACAGUAGAUAACUUAUUUUAUAAACAAAGUAUAACUGGAUAUUUUAGAAGGCAGGACUGGAUAACGUAUUGGAGCAAAAACAGUUGCCGAAGAAGACUUUUACGGUUGAUAUGAGUUAUGAUACGAGGCCGAGCUUGCAAACAACCUGUAAGUUAACUUAUUUUAACUGAUGUUUGAUUAAACAUCAGUUAAAACAAUAUUUUAAUUAUAUGUUUGUUUUAUAAUCAUAUUUAUCUUUAGCUCGUGGAAAACAGGCACAGUUACCAGUUGAACAACGCCCAUUGAUUCAAAACGACAGUGAUUUGAACGAUGUGAAGUACCUUAAGAGGCAAUCUAGUUUUAGGUAUGUAAUCUUGAUUUAUAUUUAUUAGUUUUAGUAAUUUUGUUUUCUUAUUACAGUGUAAUUUAUUCUUAAAGAUUAUUUUUUGUUUUUAGGUAACAUUUGUAACUAUAAUUUAUUUUUUAGAUUCAGCCGGCUGCCAAAAACAGUUAAGCGCUCGUUGAUAGCCAUGCUUGCUAUUGGAGGUAUAUUCUUGGUGCUGUGGGUCUUUUCGGGUCGAUCUUCAGACAAUGAAAGUCUGUUUGAUCCACACGCAAAUCCAAACAUUCGGGUGGAGCCAAACAAUUUAUAA